GGAAGUGGAGCGUCGACGGAAACGACGGUGGGCUAAUUAUUGAGGACUGUCCAUUGUAGUCCUCUGUAUUUUUUACAUAGCUAUUUUAUGCAUUGCGCCUAUUCCGAAAAAGUCUCUGGAUUUAUCGCAUUCGCAGGGUAGUUAAAUCUCUACGUGCACACGUAAGAUAUGUCGGUUGCGCCUCCUAGUCGCUCGAACGCAGGUUGGCCGCGCGGUGGUAGCGCUCAGUUUGGAAGCAAAUACAUGCCCGGCCCGGCUAAGCCUCUCACCCUGGAGAGGACCAUCAACUUGUACCCUCUCACCAACUAUACAUUUGGGACCAAGGAGCCUUUGUAUGAGAAGGACAGCUCAGUAGCGGCUAGGUUCCAGCGGAUGCGCGAGGAAUUUGACAAGAUGGGAAUGAGGAGGACAGUGGAAGGUGUACUUAUCGUCCACGAGCAUAGGCUGCCACACGUCUUACUCCUGCAACUUGGCACAACUUUCUUCAAACUGCCUGGUGGAGAGUUGAGUCCUGGGGAAGAUGAAGUAGAAGGUCUGAAACGUCUAAUGACUGAGAUUCUCGGACGGCAGGAUGGCGUAAAGCAGGACUGGGUGAUUGAUGAUUGUAUUGGCAACUGGUGGCGCCCCAACUUUGAGCCUCCACAGUAUCCUUACAUUCCAGCUCACAUUACCAAACCUAAGGAGCAUAAGAAACUUUUCCUGGUUCAACUGCAGGAAAAAGCACUGUUUGCCGUCCCCAAAAAUUAUAAACUGGUGGCAGCCCCAUUGUUUGAGCUGUAUGACAACGCCCCUGGUUAUGGACCCAUCAUUUCCAGUCUACCGCAGCUCCUGAGCAGGUUCAAUUUCAUCUACAACUAAGUGAAAACAAUUUGGCUGUCUCUGUGAGUGCAGCCCAGUCGAAGUGAAACUUGAAGAUCAUGUGGAGAAAGCAGAGAAAUUAUACUUCUCACCUUGGGCUCCACUUUCACAUGAGAGAAAUGUGUCCUGUGUUGAAUAUACUGAGAGUCCACGGGGAUGUUUAGCUACACUUUUUGUCAAGAAAAAAAAAUCUUUUUUUCUUUUAAUCUUGUUGAACUAUUGUUUUGUUUUCUUUUUUUGUAGAAGGUACAUUUAUAUUGCAUUAUGUUCAGCUUUUAAACCUUCUCGGAAAAGGCUUGAUUAAACCAACAAUUACUUUGUUUACUGUUAUUUUAAACAACGUUAUUUUUUCUUUUUUAAUAAAAAACGACAUUUAAUAGUGUGUAUACA